AUGAAGUUUAAUUUAAUUAUUAUUGCUUUGUUUUCAACGUGUUAUUGUAAAGUAGAAUUUAGUGACAGGGCGAGAAAUUUCAGUGUUGAACUCUUAUACUACACCGCGGAAGAAACUGAUUGGCAUACAGUGAUAUCGCCGUUUGGUGUCUGGUCUCUGCUGACCGGCGUCUCUAUCGGAGCUACGGGGCCCAGUAGACUACAACUAACAAAUGCAUUAGUGAUACCGAACAACCUAAAUACUCUUAUCAAAGGCUACAAAUCACUAACACAAUCUGUGCUCACAGCUGAAACCCUAGACGUGGAGAUAUUAAACAAGAAUUAUCUAUUCACUGACAGCGACUUUCAAAUUCAGAAAGGAUUUCUUCGGAGCAUACAAAGUGAUUUCGAUGCAAAAUUGACCAAGUUACACUUCGAUUUGCCAGAGGAAGCAGCAGCCAUAGCGAACAGUGUUAUCCAAAAAUCUGGAGCUACCGUUUCCAAUGUUCUUAGAUCUGAUGAUUUUGAAAAUUCAAAAAUGAUAAUUACAAAUGUCAUUUCUUUCAAAGGCUUCUGGCGGUCACCUUUUAACGUUACGGAUACAAGAGUAGAAGUAUUUUACGAUGAAAACAAAAAUGAAGUCGGCAAAGUUAACAUGAUGUUCCAGCAAGGGGAAUUCCCGUUUUCUAAUAUUCGUCCAUUAAAAGCCACGGCUUUGGAGUUGCCUUAUGGAGAUGACACCAACUACUCGUUUUUAGCCCUCCUACCGUAUCCAGGUGCUAAAGUAGCUGAUGUGUACCGGGGCUUAGAAUCAGUGAGCCUUAAGGAUAUUCUAGCGCAACUUCAAAGUGACAUCAAAAACUGGGGCUUGACGGACGUCUUGGUCAGUUUGCCGAGGUUCAAAAUUAGUUCAAACCUAGUUCUAAAUAGACCACUAAAUUAUAUGGGCGUUUACGACAUUUUCGAUCCGAAAAAAGCUAGCUUCAAGACUAUUACAGAAGCGAAUAACAUAUUUGUGUCAGCGAUUGUACACAAGGCUGACAUAGAAGUCACAGAGUUUGGGACAGUGGCGUCUGCGUCCACUUCCGCAUACUUUGCAGAUCGAAUUUUGCCCCCCUCUUUCCAUGCAAAUCGGCCAUUCAUAUAUUUCGUAAUUGAAAAAACUACAGCAACGAUUAUCUUUAGUGGUGUUUAUUCGAAACCAUCGAUUUUUUAA